GCUGCUGCUGCGUCGUCACCGCCGCCCCCACCGCCGCUGCCACCCCCGUCGCCGCCUCCGCUGCCGGUGCUACCUCUGCGCUCACUUCGGCUGCCAUCUGUGUACUGGUGCUGGGCUACACGCUGCUGGGAGCCGUGACGUUCAUGGCCCUGGAGGGCGGGCUGUCGUCGCCGCAGCAGCCGCCGCAGCCGCCGGCGUCGCCGUCCAAGCACGCCCCGGGGCUCGACGACGACAUCCGCUCGCGCACCGUCGAGAAGCUCUGGUCCAUCACCGAGGACCUCAACAUCCUCUACAAGGACAACUGGACGCGUCUCGCCGCGCAGGAGGUGCUCAAGUUCCAGGAUACUCUGGUGCGGAACCUGCGCGGAGGCGGCGUGCUGCGGCCGGGGGGCGGCGGAGGCGGAGCGGCCGGGGGCGGCGCCUACGGCUACGGCUACGGCGGACACCACCACCGCUGGUCCUUCUCCUCGUCCUUCCUCUACUCGCUCACGCUCAUCACCACCAUCGGGUACGGCAGCGUGUCGCCGCGGACUCCGUGGGGGAAGGUGGUGACGAUCGUGUACGCGCUGGUGGGCAUCCCGCUGAUGCUGGUCUACCUGUCGACGGUGGGCGACGUGCUGGCGCGCAGCUUCCGCCGGCUGUACGGCCGCCUCUGCGGGCUGGGCGGCGGGGGCGGCGCCGGCCACCACUCCAGCGCCAAGUCAAUGCUCAUGCCUCCUCCACUCAGCGCGGACAGCGACGACUUCUGCAAGUCGGUGGUGCUGGACUGCGGCGGCGAGGGCAUCGCGGCGGGCGCGUCGCCGCUGGAGGCGCCGCUGCCGCCCCCGCAGCCCGCCCCCGCCGCCCGCGUGCCCGUCUCGCUCUGCCUGUGCAUCGUCGUGGCGUACGUGUGCGUCGGCGCGCUGCUGUUCAACCGGCUGGAGAACUGGACCUUCCUGGAGGGCUCCUUCUUCUGCUUCACCAGCCUGGGCACCAUCGGCUUCGGCGAUCUGGUACCGGGCGGGCUCGACGGCACCACCCACCAGCAGCUCAGCGUCAUCGCCAGCUCCGCCUACAUCCUCGUCGGCAUGGCGAUCGUCGCCAUGUGCUUCAACCUCGUACAGGUGAGCCCAUAA